AUGCCUUGUGUGCCAAAAAGUGUUGACCAAGUCGCGAACAACUCUACAGAUUUGCACACCCAGGAUGGCCCCUCCACCAGAGAUCAAAAAGACAAGCCCAGGCCCUGGCACGCAGUGCAACUGCCUGAAGGAUGGGAAGAACAUAUGUUUGGUCUCCAUGAUAGGAGGAGAUCACUCACACCUAGUGUCUCUGUGUCCUCCCAAAAUUCUACUGCCCUGAUCUUGCAGGAAGACCAGGUCGAGGGCACUCCGAUGGACAAGGAUGCUGGUGAGGCUGAGGCUGAGGCUGAGGAGGUUGAGGUCAACAUUCCAGCUGACAAGGGCAGUCAACACCCUGAUGAUGGGGCUAGGUUUGGUGCCCCCCUUCUCUCAUAUGACUUAGAUGAUGACAGUUCUGAAUCUUCACUUCCUCCAUCUUCGCCACCAGCUGAAGACUCCAGUUCCGACACUGAGGAUGAGUUUCCCCCAUGUCAUCCUGGUCGCCAUGUGGAACACAAACCUAAAAGCAAGGGCAAAAGUAGGGCUAUGGAUGUUGACAACAGUGAUAUAGCAAGUCAGGAUGAUCGUGAACACACCCAGAAUGUGAAAUUUAAGAAGACUGGGAACUUGUCCCAUGCUGCUCUCAAUGAGAUACAUGACUUCAUGACUGAAGUCAAGGCAAAAGCAGAAGAACUUGGAUGUCGACACAGCAAGUCUCCUCAUGACAUCCUUGUUGCUGCUGGGCUCAGUGUCAAACCAUCUCACACAAAGCUCAAUGAGGCCAAUCUCUUCCACUUGUGGUAUUGGGCCACCCAACUGAAACCUGAUGGUGCCGACAGAAACACAGUCAACAAUAUCAUUAUGGCAGAGUACAACCAGCUCAUGAAAGAUAUCCCCAAAGAUGACACUGCAGCAAGAAAGGAGAAGUUGAAGGCUGUUUAUGAGUGGAGUGAGAGCUCCUCAGCAGUGCCUGCUAACAAAUCAGUCAAGUCCAUUGCAGUCAGAGUCCACAAUGCGAAGAUGCAGUUCUCUGGAUUGGCUGAAGCAUGGUUGACUCUUGAAGAUAUCGAAAUUGCUGGAGUUGUGAUGUGUCUCAGGGAUGGUAAUGGUACUGAGGCUGGAUUAUUAGGGAUGAGUGCUUCUGCCAGUUCAGCUGCAGCAUUGGAGUUGUGUUGUCAAAUGAAGGAGAUACCAAGAGAUUGCAACUGCCAGGUAUUUGGAUCUAUGAUGAAGGAGAAGUUGAUAAUGGCACUCAAAGAUGUUCGCAGCCCUGGUUUUGAGUACAAGAAACUCAAAGCUGAUGCUCUCCACCAACUUGUGGUACCUUAUCUGUGGAGAAAACUAGGCUCAAUGUACGACAGACAAUCUGAUGACAAUGACGAUGAGAAAAAUGAUCAUCUGGAUGGUGUGCCAGAGGUCAAAAUCAAACCCUGGAAUGAAGAUGUCAUGGGCAUAAGGGAUGCACACCCAUUAAAGGGAGAGAUCACACUGGUCAAGGCUCCUGAUGGCACAGUUUUGGCAAGGUGUCUGAUGAUCCUGAGUGGCAGAAGUCUUGUGAAGAAGAGGAUCCAGGCACCUCAUGCACAGAGUGGAAUCCCAUUUCCAUUGUGCAAGUGGGCUCAUGUGGAGGUGACAGAUAACAAUACAGUUCCUCGUGAGGCUUCACACUCUGACUGCCAAAUGCCCCUGCAUGACAAAGGCAGGGAUGCAUGCUCCAUUGCUGGUGACCACAAUGUAGUGAUUUAUCCCACUGCAUUUUGGUCAAAACUAACAGGCGACAUGCACAGGAUGCACUUCAUGACCCACCAGCAUGCACAAGCCAUGAGAACACUCGAGAGCCUGGUCAAUCUGAGUGCCCCUUGCUGGCUCAGCACUAUGGGGAUCUGCAUUGUGAUGCUGCCCCAAGCCACUCGCACCCAUGGGACCCUGGCCCUUCUCAACAGUUUCCACCAUCUUGGCAUUAUGAGCCCAGCCCAGCCCACAGCACAGCAAUGGGUUGACAGAGGUAGUGCUGUGCAGUAUGAUGACAAAUUUCCUGAGGAUUACUUAGACUAUUAG